AUGGGUGAUGAGAGUAGGGAGAAGGGUGAUGAGAGUAGGGAGAAGGGUGAUGAGAGUAGAGAGAAGGUUGAUGAGAGUAGGGAGAAGGGUGAUGAGAGUAGGGAGAAGGGUGAUGAGAGUAAAGAGAAGGGUGAUGAGAGUAGGGAGAAGGUUGAUGAGAGUAGGGAGAAAGGUGAUGAGAGUAGGGAGAAAGGUGAUGGGAAUAGGGAGAAGGGUGAUGAGAGUAGGGAGAAGGAAGAUAAGAGUAGGGAGAAGGGAGAUGAGAGAUGA